AUGGUCCUACAGCCGCAUGAGAAACUCUACACAAAGAGUCAAGUCGUCGCCUCCAAUGGCGUUGUGCAGGUCGAGCCAAAUCGCGAGUUCCGCGUACUCGUUGCCAAUUUUGGCAUUGCGCCUUAUCGGCUCGUUAAGGGCCAAACGAUCGGCACUUUGCUGCCACAUCCGACCGCUGUUAUAGUGAGUAAAGUCAGCGUGGCUGCAAUGCUAGACCUCACCGAUGAGGAAGCGAACGAAGUCCAACAAGACUUCGACAAGGACGCCAACUGGGCGGUAGAAAACACCUCUAUGACGAGCAAUCCGGAUGACGUGGAUAUCUCACACGUCCCGGCCCGCCAUCGUGAUCAGAUCAAGGCUAUGCUACUCAAGUACAGCUCCAUGUGGAGUGGGGAGCUGGGCGAGAUCAAGGUCACGAAGCAUCACAUCGACACGAUGACUGGAACGCGACCGAUCGCGCAAAACCCCUACCGAGCAGGACCACACGCCCGGGAGGCGGAGAUGAAAGAAGUAGACUGUAUGCUCCGAGCCGGAGUACUCGAGCCGUCGAAAUCAGCAUGGGCCUCACCGGUUGCACUGUUGCCUAAGAAGGACGGGCAGUUGCGCUUUUGCGUUGACUACCGGCGGCUAAAUGCCGUGACGAUACGGGAUUCAUACCCGUUGCCUCGAAUGGACGAGCGACAAGAACGCGUUACACGCGAUCGGGUAGUACCUGCGCCAGUGCAGCCAAGUCACCCCGUAACGUCAUUCACGACGAAUAUCCACGACCAAAAUCGUGUUCACUGUCUCGAUAGAUCGGGUAUCCGGGGCGGUGAAGUAUCCACCUCUCCUAUAGAGCAGUCUCAGGUGGCCCCAACAGGGUUGGCGGACUUGCUGGACACAUCGCCUAUGAAUGGCGCAGCCAAAACCGGAAUUUGGAACAGAGCUCGGAUUGGACAGCCACGGCCUUCGAGGCGCUCUGAUGGGACGACCAAAAGCCGUCCCAAACACUCGAGGCAUGGGGCUUGUCGCUACGCCCGGUUGGCGAAUGAUACUCCGGUCGGACAGGAGAAAAACUCUACACCACCCGCUGACAGUCCCCGUGACGAGCCGACUCCCGCCUCCAACGAGGGAGAAGGAGACGCACGCCACCAAUUGGAGCCCGAAACAGGCGCCCAAAACGUCCCUGCAGUGACGGAGCAACACUCAAGGGACCCGCGAGGAGCCGCGUCUAACAAUACGACAAGAAAAGUGGACAGGAAUCAGUCGCUGUCUCCACACGCCAUCGAUGGCGAAGAAUACGUGGUCGACCACGUCGUCGCGCAUCGCUAUGAUGACGACGGUAAACUCGUCUUCCGAGUAAGAUUGUACGGCUACACGCCGGAGGACGACACUGAAGAACCAAUUAGUCACCUCCGACGGAACCAUGUAAUUUUAUAUUGCAAAAGAAAGGGAUUGAAUGUCCCAGACUCGAUCAUCCGAGCAAGACAAGGAUAG